CCAAUGUUUACAGCAGCUGUGUGGGCUUAACAUCACCACGUUUCAAGUUCAACAAGAUUAUCAAUAAUGAAGGACUGUAUAAGUAUAUGUCUUCUAAUCGCGGGACUUGCAACGGCGAACGACUGCAUUGAACAAUACAAUGCAAGAUGUCCCAGUAUAAUAGGCCUGAACCCCAUACGCAACCCAGACACUGGCUACUGCAAUCGUUUGGUCGCAUAUAAAAGAUGCGCUAAUGCAGGUGAAAAGUGCGAAGAUUACUUCGAGCAAACCUUUCAGGAUCAAUGCUGUGGACGUACAGAGACAGAAGACUGUUUGGACAGGGCGAGACAAACAUGUAAACAUGCUUUAAUUCUUCAUCCUCGAAGUAACCCCGAUAAGCAUUUUUGCAGACGCAUGCGCAUGUAUGCGCUGUGUGCUUCUGCAAUCCACAACUAUGAAUGCAAAGAUCACUUUGUUAAUUUAUAUUUCGGUGAAUGCAAAUCUCAGCUAACGACCCGGGACUGCAUGGCAAUGUACAGCCAAAGUUGCUUCGAAGCUAUAAGAGAUUAUCCAAUAUGGCAACCAGAUUUCGAGUACUGCAAACGCCUUGUGGUAUUAAGAAAAUGUGCUGAAGAAGAAAAAAACAAAUUGUGCGUAGGAUUUUUCGACAAACUCGCUGAGGAUAGUUGCUCUCCGGUCGACAACUGUACAAAUUCCUUGAAAACAACUUGUCUCCAAGCGGAAAAAAAUUAUCCCAUACUUAAACCAGACACAAAUUACUUCGUUUGCGCGUAUACGAAAUAUGUGCUUACACGAAGAAUCACACCUGUAAACAUUACUUCAGCGAUCUCUUUCACGCAAUGUGUAAAUACGGAAUAUGUCACAUUUAUAGCCCAUGAAGAACAACGUGACUGCAUGGAAAUAUAUAGAUCAACUUGCUUGAAAGCCUUUAGCGAAUAUCCUGAACUGAAUCCAGACAGAAACUAUUGCAGACGACUCAUCGAAUUCGAAAAGUGUGCUGAAAGCGAUAACGACAAGCAUUGCAAAAUUUAUCUUCGCUUACUCUAUACUAUGAAUUGUGGAGUGGAAAAAAUUUGCUUACGUGCGAUUGAAUCAAAAUGUGAACAUGCUGAAAAAGAGUAUCCCAUAAGUAACCCAGAUUUGAAUUACUAUGAUGACAAAUGUAUAGACGAGUUCCAAAGAAUUUGUCGCUCAGGGGAAGACAUGUAUGCUAUGCGGAUUCCAGAUACAAAUUUCUGCCCACGCCUCCGAGUAUACAUGGUAUGCGCUGAUGAGGAGAAACAUAAGUGUAAAAAGCACUUCGACGACCUCUAUCUCGAAAAAUGUACCAGACAUGUAGAAGUAGGUGAUUGCGAACCAAUGUACUUAUCAACUUGCUAUGAAGCCAUAAGAGACUACCCACACAAGAAUCCGGAUACAAACCUCUGCUUGCGCCUGGCGGUAUACAAAACGUGUGCUGAAAAUUACGAAGACAAACAUUGUUUGCUAUCAUUUGAAAAAAAAUUUGAAACUUAUUGCCCUAAGAUGGACAGCUGCAUUGAGAAAUUCAAAAUAUAUUGUCCAAAAGUGGAAAAAGAUUUUCCCACUCGUAGACCAGACAGGUAUUACUGCAAACGUAUGGCCGCAUAUAGACAAUGUGCUAUAGAUAAGGAACACAAUUGUACAAUGCACUUCGAUAUGCUGCAUUUAAUCUCUUGUGAAUUGUAAUACAUAUCAGAAGGUCAAAAACACUGGAUGUACUAUUACUGAGGGCAGACUCCAAUUAGCAAUGAAUCCUGAAGCUGUGAAUAAAGUACAUUUUAAAAAUUUAUAUAAAAUAAAAUUGGGUUUUGAAAUAA